GUCAUUGUUUCAGAAGUUGCUAUGGCGCGCUGUGCAAAGCUCUUGGUUCAUUUUAAAGAGACCUUUACUGAAUUACGUUAAUGACUUCAUCACUAUAGCAUAAUGGGGAAGAAAGCACGCAAUCGUGAAGCGAGACGGAGCAUCCGAGAGCGUGCACGGCAGUGGGCGGCGAAUAUUGCACGCACUUUUCUGAGUUACUGCUUGCCAUGUGUGCGGGGUACUGAGGUUGAGGCUCAAUGCCAGGACAAAUCUCUGGUCGACCGAAAAUCUCCACAACCAGUGCAGGAAGAGGUAACCACCAGGCCAGCUCAUCGCACCCGCUACCUAAACCUAAAGGGUGUGCUUCACCCCCAGUCGAACGAUUACCCUUGGUCUGGAGAGAAUGGGAUGUGUGAGUGUGGGGGCAUUGGGUACCAUCCAGUUAUCACUUCCGGUUCUGAGUUCCGAAUUCAGGAUCAUAGGGAUACCAUGGCAGCCCGUUCCAAGUCCGCCACCACGCAGGUCAAGGACGCCGUCACCUCUGGAGGGUUACCUGACUGCCGCUAUUCCGUGAUGGGUAAUUUCAACCAGGGAACAGUUGCAGGGAUCGUUGGACCGUCUGAGAAUGCAGGCACACAGUGUACCAGCAUGGCAUAUACGGCUGUUGUGGCCAGUGCCUUCCUCCCGGUGGGAAUCUGGUCCAGGAAUACACUAGAUACCAUCCUUCAGCUCGGGGAUCAACUCCAUGAACAGAUUCUCACAAACAUGGGAAACAACGCUCCACAAAACAGGUUUCUGGCUUUCGACGAACUGCCUCACAAACCCAGAAUCGGCGCUUUCAGAUGGCCAGUCAAGUGCGCGUUUGGACCGGAGCACCAGGGUGUCAUAUCGGCAAAUGGAGACCACAAUUCUGAAAUAGAACGAUAUUUAAAGGAGACCUUUGGUGAGGGAUACUCAGGCUGCCUGAUGACCUUUGAUGGCAUGACCUCGGCUGUUUUGCAGAACAAUGACGAAACGUAUUCAGUCUUUGACAGCCAUGGACGGAAUAUCAUGGGAAUGAUCGAUGGCGAGGGCCAGGCCAGCUUGCUGAGAUUCACCAGCCUAAUUGAUGUAGCGAAGCACGUUUCAGGCCAAGCCAGAGAUGUCAGCCUGUAUGGGUUGGUUGGCGUCAAAGUCAAGACCAGGGACACGCCAUAAGCAGGAAGUCAAUUGGUGUUCCUGGAGUACUGCAACUAAACACCAAAGCCUCAAGCGUCUAUGCAGUCAUACACGCUCCAGUACCUUGGUACAUCUUCGGGACCUACUAGAAUCAGAAAUCUGGAACUGCUUGGCAACUUUUGCCAUUAUCCGUUAGGAUUCCAUUGGCACCAAUCGCCAUCUGACCUAAAAGUCCCAUGUCAUAUACUGCCAUCAUCACUUGGCAACGUCUGCAAACAGACCUAAGGGACCCAAUAGCAUCUACUCCCACAGACCUUGUUCCUUCAGCAUAUGCUGCCAUUAGUCCUUAGGCACCACGGUACCUGUUGCAUAUCCAUUGUCCACAUGUUACAUACAAGGUGCCUCUAGGAGUUAUGUUGUGUUUCCUAGUAACAGGAGUCAGUAUCAUCCAUGUUUUCCUCCAAAGCUUCUAGAACAAUGUUGUAUUGUUGAUCUGUACUAAAGUUUGUACUGUAGGUCAUGAUGAGAAUUCAAAUUUAACUGUGAUGGUUCCUUGUGACAUGAAAGCCAAACAUGUCUGUGUACAAUAUAUGUCAAGCUAGUACUAUUGUAAUCCCUGAUCUGUUUACUCUGUAGAGACAUCUUGUGUGUUGUCUUUUCAUGAUAAUGAAAAACAUCACAAUGGUGUCUAGUAUGAUAAUGAAAAAACAGCGCCUUGUAUGAUAAUGCAAAACAUCACAAUGGUGUCUAGUAUGAUAAUGAAAAACGGCACCUUUUAUGAUAAUGUCACAAUGGUGUCUUGUAUGAAAAUAAUGAACGUCACCUUGUAUGACAAUGAAAAACAGUGCCUUGUAUGAUAAUGAAAAACAUCACAAUGGUGUCUUGUAUGAUGAUGAAAAACAUCACAAUGGUGUCUUGUAUGAUAAUGAAAAACAUCACAAUGAUGUCUUGUAUGAUAAUGAAAAACAGUGCCUUGUAUGAUGA